AAAACAUCGCAUUACUAUCACAAUUAUUAUUUUUCUACUCUUUAUCUGCUCGUCUUUCAGAGCUUCAAGAUCGUCCCUAUUGAUAAUAGACUUGUAAAAAGGCUUCUCACACCUCAAAGUUCAAAGUUCAGAGUUUCAAAGUUCUCUAAAGGAAAAAGUCAUUCAAGCUACAAGCAAGCCAUCCAUUUCAUCAUGAUAUGAUUUUGAAAAGCUCAAGUACUUCAAAAAUAUUUAAUUCGAAAGACCACCACAAUCAUUCAUUGUGAACAUAUUCACUGUUAUCGAUCUUUUAAUACAGUUUGGACAUCAUGUUCUUGUACUGAAUACUUAAAAAAAGAAAGUAUACUAUUCGACCUGGCAAAGUCAUUUAACUUUGGAGACAACACAAAACUCAAAUUUUGGAAUUCUGGCCACAGCCGAGAACCAUGUGGCAAACAAAUAACGGGUUCCAAAAUAAUGGACAAUAUCAGCCAAACAACUUCAAUCAAGAUGAUCUAUCCGGAACUACACCACUACCAUCGCCGUUUUCUGGGGUGGGGUCAGGUCCCAAUUUCUUUCAACAGCCAAACAUGAUGCAGUACGAUGAAAUGAAUGUCGAUAGUUUUAACAACUUCUCUCCUGAACUUCCUACUAUGUACAACCAGACAGCUUUCGCGCAUAAUCAAUUUAUUCCCCCCAAUCCACCAGUAAGUGCUUGGGACUGGCGACCUAGAAUUUGCUUCUUAAUUUGAAGAGCAAGCGCAUACAGCUAACCUCUGCCUAUCUUUUCAGUUCUCACCUCAUUUGAACUCAACUAAUAAUAGUGUGGCUCCUCCUACUCCUACUCCGACAAAAGAACAGCUUGCUGCUAAAACUGCCGAAUUAAGAGCAAGAUUGAUGAAGGGGAAGGAAGGCCGAGGCAACUCAGCUACCCCACCAGUUCCUAUACCCCCGAAACAAACAACUGCGAUAGAGUCGUCGAACUCAUUGCAGCCAUCCCCGAAGAGUCCUGCGCUGGGGGCGGAUAUUGACGAACAUUUACGCCGUGAAAAAGAGAUAAAUGAUCUCAUUUCAGAUUAUUCCGAAACCAAGUCAAUAACAGGAUCAAAAGUGAACCGGGAGGCAGGAAAUAGUACCACCAAGAGAAUACCUCCCCUCAACCCAUACAUUUCGUCUGCGAAGUCUCAAGAUCCUUUUUCAGGAAGUCCUACAAGAGUGGCCAAACCCGAGAUCAACAAUGAUCGGGCUAAUAAUGGUACUCCAGCAGAGCGCGAAACUAGGAGUGUUAGGAAUGGAUCAAUGUCAGAAGGGGAAAUAUUAGAUGAGCCUACUCCUAAGAAGCUUCCGCCCACUGAGCCAAAAGGAAAUCAAAUCAAGACAAAACCGGCUAACGUUAAUGAAAAGUCCCUUAAGCCUGAAGAUGAUCGAAUAGCUCGGUCACCUUAUACUCGUGUAAAGGUCGAAGAGCCUAGUUCCUUGACUCGACGUCUAGCACCAGCACAACCAUCAAGACCUGAGCCUCCUCAGUAUCGAGAUGAGCGAAGAGAAGAGAACGAUUUUCAACCCGAAAGAAAGCCAAGCACCGAUCACAAACAUGAAAAGAAGUCACAUCAAGACACCGACAAGAAACAAUACCCGCGCAAGUUUUCCCGUGACAAAAAUGACGAUUAUCGCCGUCCUGAAGCUACCAAGGAAGAUGCCAAAUCUGUUCGGGAGUCUAAGCCACCAACACUGGCACAAGUCUUACCACAUGAUGCUGAUUUGAGGGAAUGGUUGGACAUGACUCAAUAUCACGAUCUAACACAUAGAAAUAAGUUGUUAAAAACUGCACGAGCUCUGAAGGAAUUAGAGGAACAAAAAGCGAAACUUUUGGCAGGUAUUCAGGACGACCAAGGUCUUGUGAAAUAUAACUUGGGUAACUUGGUGAACGGCUCGAUGACACAGCCUCAAAAUGCUCCGGCCGUAAAGGAGCCUACAGAUCUUAGUGAUCGUGUGACAUCUAACAAGCGCAAUUACAGUGAGGUUCAAGACUCCCACGUGGAGGCAAACUAUGGAAAAGCGGCUCGUCUUGAGGAACGAGAACAUGAAUACCGCCGUCGACAGAGUUCAGUCGACUAUGAUUCCUCUCGCCGUGCAAAUGCUGAUCGUGGAGGUCGUUCUCACUUUGAAGAGUCUCGUAAUCGUGGUCGAAGCUAUAGUAAUGAUCGUGAAGUAUCCCCUGGUUUGAGGGCCUACGAUAGCAGACCUCCACGCGAAAGAUCUUAUGAUGCGGGCUCAGGCGGACGUCGAACAUUUGAAGUACACGGAAGUUACAGAGGCAGGGCUUUUGAUCCAAAUUAUCGAGGUCGAGGUCGUGGAAGAGGUCGUGGUGAUUGGGCGUCGCACGAUUCAAAAAUUGAGGCCGGGUUUGGAUCGCGGAAUGCGCUUGGCAAGCCUUUUAAAGAUGCAAAAGGUUUUGAUCGAGGCGGGAAAGGUGGUCAGUGAAAAUCACUCAUCUUGUCGACUGUUAUUUUUUCCGCAUCCUUAGUUUGCUGUUAUAGCGCUUCUUGAUAUCCAUGCAAUCAAUUUAAAACUUGUAUAAUUAGAAUC